AUGACACAAGAAUUUAUUGAUAAAGUAUCUUCGUAUCUGACGCCUGAUGUAGACAUUGCACCUAUUUCGCAAGGUGCAGAAGCCAUUGUUUUUUCAACGACUACUCACCCAUAUGUCCCAAAAGCAAAGGAUCCUCACCAAAAAUACAUCAUUAAAUAUAGGCCACCAAAGCGUUAUAGACACCCACAAAUAGACCAGGCGCUAACAAAACAUCGUACGUUGAACGAAUCACGUUUGUUGGCCAAAUUAUACUUAAUCCCAGGACUAUGCGUCCCUCAACUAAUAGCGUGUGAUCCAUACAAUGGGUUUAUUUGGUUAGAGUUUCUUGGAGAAGAUCUUCCUGGAGGGCACGGUUUUAGUAAUUUAAAGAACUUUCUGUGGAUGCACGAUCAAGAUCCAUAUAGUGAUCUUGUCGCAACUACACUACGCAAGGUGGGGCGCCAAAUUGGGCUGCUGCAUUGGAAUGACUACUGUCACGGUGAUUUGACGAGCUCUAACAUUGUUCUCGUGCGAGAUGGUGCCAGGUGGACGCCUCAUCUGAUUGAUUUUGGUCUGGGCUCAGUUUCAAAUCUGGUUGAAGAUAAAGGUGUUGAUUUAUACGUGUUGGAGAGAGCUAUCCUAAGUACACAUUCAAAGCAUGCUGAAAAGUACAAUGUUUGGAUCAUGGAGGGGUUCGAAGAGGUCUAUCAUGAACAAGGUGCGAAAGGUGCCAAGAAACUGAAAGAAGUUACCAAAAGAUUCCAAGAGGUCAGGUUGCGUGGUCGCAAGAGAAGUAUGCUGGGAUAA